CAAAGACAAAACUAAGCAAACCAACAUUGCAACUUCCUCGUUGAGGUUAGAUUUCAUUUCCAAAUGGGUUAUGCUCUCUGGUUACAUUAUUUUUUCCGAAGUAUCAGAUCAUGUUCUCAUAUGCCCCUCAAUACAAAGAAGAAUAUUGGAGUUUACUCUUUUCGAUGUGGAACAGAUCUUCUCAACUGGAAAACUAAAACUUCAACUGAUCAAAUACAAAGAGCAAGAAAGUUUUACUUUUGAUGGGUUUGGUUUGUGUUAAUUGAGCUUGUAACAAUUUCUCAGCAAUCAGUAUUGUAUCUGGUUUCAUUCACCAACUUUUGCAACAUGCGAGGCUCUCAAAAUAGCGAAUCAAAUUAUCUGAUUAGUAUCUCCAAAAAUAUAGCAGUUUGGACAUAAACAUAGGAGAACUGUACAAAAAUAGCAUGCGGUCUCAAUUAUUGAUUGCGCAGCCAUAGAUAUUAUUGCACUUAAUUCUCUCCAUCUUCUUCUCCCAUCCCACGUAACCAAAACAAGAUGAACAGGAAAAUAUAUCAACCCCAAACACCAUAAGAAAAGAUGUCGUUAUCCCAUAACUGCAUGCAACAUGAACUCUCAGUCACAACAACAGCAACAAGGCAAACAGAAGAGCCGAGAAGAAGAGGAGGAAGAAGAAAACCAUUUGUUACAAUCAGAAUGCGAGUCAAUACCGUUGUCUUCGCCCCAUGUAUUACCCUCAAACUGGGAACAUGCAGACAAAGAAGAAGAAGAAGAAGAGAAAGACUCCGUGUAUGCAGCCAAGGACAAGGUGCAGAUAUUUGACUUGGAGUCUUCCGGCGCAGCAGGGUCCACGGCGGUGCCGCCGUUUUCGUGGAGGAAGCUUUGGCUGUUCACGGGGCCAGGGUUGUUGAUGAGCGUGGCGUUUUUGGACCCGGGGAACCUCGAAGGGGACCUCCAAGCUGGUGCGAUUGCAGGGUAUUCCUUGCUUUGGUUGUUGAUGUGGUCCACCAUCAUGGGGUUGGUGAUACAACUUCUGUCGGCGAGGCUCGGGGUGGCGACCGGGCGGCACCUGGCGGAGCUGUGCAGGGAGGAGUACUCCAAUUGGGCAAGGUUGGUGUUGUGGAUCUUGGCUGAGAUGGCUCUCAUUGCUGCUGAUAUUCAAGAGGUUAUUGGCAGUGCCAUUGCUUUCAAGAUUCUUAGCCAUGGUCUUAUCCCCAUUUGGGCUGGUGUGGUUAUCACAGCCACGGAUUGUUUCUUUUUUCUAUUUCUCGAGAACUAUGGAGUGAGGAAGUUGGAAGGAGUUUUCGCAGUUUUCAUUGGAACUAUGGGCCUUUCUUUUGCGUGGAUGUUCUUUGAUACAAGCCCCAGUGAAGAAGAAUUAAUGAUGGGUCUUUUAAUCCCAAGACUUAGUUCAAAAACUCUUCGCCAGGCUGUGGAAAUUGUGGGGUGUGUGAUAACCCCACAUAAUGUUUUCCUCCAUUCUGCAUUGGUACAAUCAAGGGACAUUGAUAUCCGUAACAAAGGCCAGGUUCAAGAGGCUCUCAACUACUACUCAAUUGAGUCCUCAGUUGCACUUUUAGUCACACUGUUGAUCAAUCUAUCUGUGAUAACAGUUUUUGCUAGAGUGUUCUAUGGUACAGAACAGGCCAAUGGCAUAGGAUUGGUAAAUGCAGGGCAAUAUCUUGAGGAAAGGUAUGGGGGAGGGUUGUUUCCAAUUCUCUACAUAUGGGGUAUUGGUUUAUUAGCGGCUGGCCAAAGUAGUACCAUAACUGGCACAUAUGCAGGCCAGUUUAUAACAGAGGGUUUUCUUAAGCUCAACAUAAAGAAGUGGUUGAGAGCAUUGAUUACCAGAAGUUGUGCAAUUGUUCCAACUAUGAUUUGUGCUAUUGUUUUUAAUACAUCAGAAAGUUCAUUGGACACCUUGAAUGAAUGGCUUAAUGUGGUCCAGGCAAUACAGAUUCCUUUUGCUCUUAUCCCCCUUCUUACUUUGGUGUCCAAAGAGGAGGUGAUGGGAACCUUCAGAAUAGGGCCUAUAGUAGAGAAAGUGGCUUGGAGUGUGGCUGUGCUGGUAAUACUAGUUUAUGGAUAUAUGUUAUUAGAUUUCUUCCUGGAAGAAAUAGAUGGAGUAUUGUUUGGUUUUCUGGUCUGCCUUGGUGCUGCAGCAUGGAUUUCAUUUAUAGUAUAUUUGGUUCAACACAGUGGUGCCAUUCCUUCACUCAUGACCAGGUCACCUAAUUCAAGAGGUUUUUUCUCUCUUUCUGGGAACUAAGCCUGCAAAUCCAAACCAUUUUUGGGGGCCAAAAUGCAAGGAAGACUGUAGCUGUAAGGAUUAGAACAAACACAUUUUAUUGAUUUGGAACGACUAAUCAGCAUCCAAUUAGCCAUGUAGAAGAAGAGAAAAUAAAAAAGAAUAACCAUAAGUAUUAGUCAUAUAGAAGAAAAGAAAAUAAGAAAAGAUAAGGAAGGAUUGAGAUUAGACUGAUACAAAUACGUUUUAUUGAUUUAGAAAGAGUAAUCAACAACUUGUUUCUAGAAUCUAAGUAUUCUGUAUAUUCUAUAAAUUGUAUAGAAUAAACCAUUUGUUUGUAAGUUGAAACAUGUUAGGAUGUAAUAUUUAGUCAAAUAUAUUUGAUUUUGCAGUAUAUUUGGAUUAUCACUUUCGAUUUGUACCUG